CAGAAGUCUGCUCAUGAUUGGCUCUUGGUAACCAGGUUACCACAGGAUGUAUUCCACUUGGCAGGUGCUGGCCCCCUGCUUUCAGUUGGUAGGUGGUGGAUGAAGGAGUAAGAGCUCUGAACCCCAUCUCUGGCACUGGAUUUGGCUCUCAGCCCUUGUGGGAUCUCCACUCACUUUGAACUGAGUGAGAUUGCAGGCCCUCGGAAGCCUAGUCGGCUUGGGGCGCUGAGCAUUGCUGAGCUGUUGUGUGGGGCUGAGCAAAGAUUCAGUGCUGCCCCAUGGGGAAGAUUCUGAGCUGUUGUGUGGCCCCCAAUGCCAGCCCGAAGGUGGGCACUGGCAAGGAGCCAGUAGAGCCAGACUUUGAGUCUGAGAUCUAUGGAGCAGUGGUGAAAGAUGCAGUGGCAGAAGCACCUGCUCCCCAGGAGACUGAGGAGUUUUCCAUGGGAACCAGGGAUGACCCCCACACUGGUGACUGCGAGGUGCCCCAAGGACACUUUUGGUAUAUUCACUGCCUUUUCUCAAAAGUCAAACACAUCAGCAGCUCCUCACCUGGACUGGUACCUGAGUGAAGGAGAUAGGUAAGACCUGACUCUUCCCUUCCUCACACCGGCCACGGUAGGGGUACUCUAGCAGUUCAGACCCAAACACUUGAGCAUUUCUUCAGUAAAUUCAAGUCGAGGGCGUCAUGGGAAUUUAUA